GAUUAGGGUUCACGCCACCUAUAGAAACUGUCGUGUCGUGUUCCCUUUGAAGUUUCCAACAUAAACACUUUUUCUUUUGGUCUAAAUGUUAGAAGAAUCCAGCAUAAAUACUUCUUCUUCUUCUUCUUCUUCUCUGUUUUAUUGCUCUGCCUCAUCAUCAAACUUCAAUCUUAGAGGUUUAUCGAUUGGUUUCUAUAUCGGGAGAGUAGUUUCUAUAUAGGGAAAGUAGUUUCACCUUCAAAUGGGAAAGCCUGCGGCAAAGAAGAAAACUCCGGAGAUGCCAAAAGAUGCUUCCGGCGGCGGAGGCAAGUCAGGGAAAGCCAACCAUCGUUCAACUUCAAGAGCCUUCGACGAAGACAUGGAGAUAUUCAUCAACAGAGCACUCGAGCUCAAAGAAGAAGGGAACAAGCUCUUCCAAAAACGCGACAACGAAGGAGCGAUGUUAACUUACCACAAAGCCGUGAAGCUUUUGCCUAAGGAACACAUCGACAUAGCGUAUCUUAGAACGAGCAUGGCUUCUUGCUACAUGCGAAUGGGACUAGGUGAGUACCCUAACGCUAUAAACGAAUGUAAUCUCGCUCUCGAGGCUUCUCCUAGGUACAGUAAGGCUCUAGUGCGAAGGUCUAGGUGUUACGAGGCUUUGAACAAGCUAGAUUACGCGUUUAGGGAUGUUAUGAUUGUUCUGAACAUGGAGCCUGAGAACGCGUCUUCGAAUGAAGUGUUUGAGAGGGUGAAGAAGGCGUUGGUGGAGAAAGGGAUCGAUGUUGAUGAGAUGGAGAAGAGCUUUGUUAAGAAGGUUGUGAAGAAGAGUAAGAAGAAGAAGAGUGGUGUUGAGAGUCCAAAGAUUGUCAAGAGAGACGAAGCAGAGAGCAAGGAUAAGCCAAAGGAGGAGAAGAGCGAUAAAAAGUCUGAGAUUGAUGCAAAGAUGAGUGGUAAUAAAGAAGAAAAUAAACCUAAAUUCAAGAAACAGAAGAAGAGAAGUUGUAGGAAGGCAGGAGGAGAAGAAAGGAAGAUGGAAGAUGAUAAGGUUGUUGUCAUGGACAAAGAGGUCAUUGCCUCUACAAAAGAAGAGGCAACAGUUACUAGAACGGUUAAGUUGGUACAUGGAGAUGAUAUCAGAUGGGCACAGUUACCGCUGGAUUCCAGUGUUAGACUUGUAAGAGACGUGAUCAAGGAUCGUUUCCCUUCUCUAAAAGGGUUCUUGAUUAAGUACAAGGAUCCAGAAGGUGAUUUAGUCACCAUCACUGCAACGAAUGAACUGAAUCUAGCUGCUUCUAACAAUGACAAACUCGGUUCCUUAAGAUUAUAUAUAGCUGAAGUUCACCCUGAUCAAGAACCAAGCUAUGAUGGCAUGAAGGUUGUCAAGAGAUCGAGUGUGGGAGAGUAUGUGGAAUCUGACAAAGCAUCUACCUCCUUUGAGAACUGGAUCUUCCAGUUUGCGCAGAUGUUCAAGAACCAUGUGGGGUUUGAUUCUGAUUCAUACUUGGACCUCCAUGACCUUGGGAUGAAGCUGUACACAGAAGCAAUGGAAGACGCAGUAACUGGUGAAGAUGCGCAAGAGCUCUUUGGAAUCGCAGCUGAUAAGUUCCAAGAGAUGGGUGCACUAGCUAUGUUCAACUGGGGUAACGUUCACAUGUCUAAGGCAAGGAAGCAAGUCUCUUUCCCCGAAGAUGCUUCAAGAGAAGCUGUAAUAGAAGCUGUCGAGGCUGCGUUUGUGUGGACGCAGAACGAGUACAAUAAAGCUGCAGAGAAGUAUGAGGAAGCUCUUAAGAUCAAACCUGACUUCCACGAAGCUCUCAUUGCACUUGGUCAACAGCAAUUCGAACAGGCAAAGCUUUUAUGGUACCAUGCACAAAAAACGAAGGUGGACGCAGAAAGUGAAGUUUCACAGGAUGUUCUUAAGCUUUACAACAAAGCUGAGGAUAGCAUGGAGAAGGGUAUGCAGAUACGGGAAGAGAUGGAAGAGGGUCGUCUCAACGGAAUCUCCAAGUAUGAUAUAGAGAAGUCACUGCUGUUGCAUAAGAUGGAGUUGUUUAGUGAAGUUUCAGAUGAAGAGAAGACGGCUAAUAUGAGUUCUCAGAUUAAUCUCUUGUGGGGCUCCUUGCUAUAUGAACGGUCUAUCGUGGAGUAUAAGCUCGGGUUACUAACUUGGGAGGAAUGUUUGGAGGUUGCAGUUGAGAAGUUUGAACUAGCUGGAGCUUCUUCAACUGAUGUAGCUGUGAUGGUAAAGAAUCAUUGUUCAAGCGAGAGUGCACUUGAAGGCAUGGGGUUCAAGAUUGAUGAGAUAGUACAGGCAUGGAAUGAGAUGUAUGAUGCCAAAAGAUGGCAGACCGGUGUCCCAUCUUUCAGGCUAGAACCGAUGUUCAGGAGACGAGCUCCAAAACUGCAUGAUAUCUUGGAGAAUGUAUUUUCUGGAUCUGCUUGAUGAAACAUUGGUCUCAGUAUUGUAUCAGUAGGUCACUUUGUUUGUUUGGGAAUGGAGUUCAUUUUUAUCUCCUCCCAUUUGGUUUGGUUUAGUCUCAUAUUUCAAAAGAACACUAUAAAAUUUUUUCUGUGGAUAUUGAUCUCUACGGGAUAUAUACUCUUGGCCUCUGCGAUAUUCAUGUGGUAGGCUGAGACUGAUUAGGAUUCAGUCUAGAGAAGAAGGUUUUUAGAUGGUGAUACUUCUCUUCUCUUCUGAUUUGAUACAACAUAUUGGUUAAUAUGUUCUUUGUUUGUUUUGUUUGGUUUUUGUAACAUAGCUCUGUAAUCAUUUUUUUUUAUUUGUUGAUUUUGGAUUAGUGUCUGUUGAAUGUGUGUUUGUUGUGUGAAUGUUUGUUGUACCUUGACUUCAGAUUGUUUUAUUU